UCAAACGACCCGUUCAGGACAUACAUUAUGAGAUGGAACAGUGACAAUAUCAGAGAAUAUGGUGACAAUACACAACCUCCAGAUCCAAACAAUGAAGAACCCCAGGAAGAAAUGGAUGCCAAUAAUAUAUCUGAUGAAGGUUUCUGAUUUCAAUUUUUUACUUUUUUCUAAGGUUUUCUUUCUUUUAUUUUUGUUUACUGCUGUUCCCAAUAAUUCUAAAGUAUGUGAUGAUAUGUAGUUUACAUUCUUUCUCAUAAUGAAAAAAUAGAUUUUAUUUUUCAGUGUAUUGAAGAUUUGGAUUUGGUUUACUGUCAU